GGGGAGACAGGAGGGACCGCUCCACGCAGAGGCAUCUGGUGAGGAGCGGAGGCACACGGAGGCCCUCCGGCUCUGCCCAGGCGGCUCCUGGGCCAAGGUGGCUCCCGGGCCACUUAGGUCGCGGUGGCGUGCGCCAAGGCGCCCCGACGCCCCACAUUUUCAACAGCUCUCACCCGAGAGCCUGGUACAACCAGCAGCACAAAGGAAAGCAGGAAGAGGAAGCAGUCACCCGCCCGCGAAACCCGCGAGACCGAAAAGGCCCCGCCCCGCCCCCUCCCUGGCCGGACGUGAGGCGCUUGGCCCCGCCCCGUGCUCGUUACCUCGCGAGAUUUCGCGCAGGCCUCCCUCUUUCGUCUCGGCAGCCGACAUGCCAUCCAGACUGAGGAAGACCCGGAAACUGCGCGGCCACGUGAGCCACGGCCACGGCCGCAUCGGCAAGCACCGGAAGCACCCAGGAGGCCGAGGUAAUGCGGGUGGCAUGCAUCACCACAGGAUCAACUUUGAUAAAUAUCACCCAGGUUACUUCGGGAAAGUUGGCAUGAGGCAUUACCACUUAAAGAGGAACCAGAGCUUCUGCCCAACUGUCAACCUUGAUAAGCUGUGGACAUUGGUCAGUGAGCAGACACGGGUAAAUGCUGCCAAGAACAAGACUGGAGCUGCUCCUAUCAUUGAUGUGGUGCGGUCGGGCUAUUACAAAGUUCUGGGAAAGGGAAAGCUCCCAAAGCAGCCUGUCAUCGUGAAGGCCAAAUUCUUCAGCAGAAGAGCUGAGGAGAAGAUUAAGGGCGUGGGGGGAGCCUGUGUCCUGGUGGCUUGAAGCCACGGUUCAUUAAAUGCUAGCAAAUGCU